AUGAUUCUUUCGACAAACCUUUUUCACAACAGCUGGAUCCAGAGUAUCACAACGAAGGAGUUGGGAAUAGUGAUGAGGUCACUAGGUAAGAAGAUGAAAGACACAGACUCGGAAGAAGAGCUCAAGGAAGCCUUCAGGGUGUUCGACAAAGACCAGAACGGAUUCAUAUCCGCCGCAGAACUCCGCCACGUCGGCGAGAAACUGACCGAUGAGGAAGUCGAGGAGAUGAUCAAGGAAGCUGAUGUUGAUGGAGAUGGUCAGAUUAACUACGAGGAGUUUGUCAAGAUUAUGAUGGCUAAGUGA